AAGGAUUCACCAUUCCCAACUCUGCAAUUGCAACAGUUGUUGGGAAAGGUGGUUGAAUCUCAUUUCUUGCUUCUGUUUUAUUUUAUUUUAUUUUUGUUUCAAAUCUCAAUUCUUAUGCCAUAAUCAUAUAUAUUUUAUUUACUUUUCACCACAAUGCCUUCAAAGAAAAUGACAAAACGAUCCUUAACCUCAGAGAUGGAACGCAACGUGAGGCAAAUGCAGAAGUUGAUGGAAGAGGAUGGAGACUCAUUUGCACAAAAAGCUGAGAUGUAUUACAAGAAGAGGCCAGAGUUGAUUUCUCUUGUUGAAGAGUUCUACCGUGCCUACAAAUCAAUGGCUGAACGUUUUGAUCACAUCAACACACCGUGUGAUCUUCAAUCACAGGCUUCAGGUGUUUCAGAUUAUGGUUCUGAGCCAAACUCUUACGUGCCUUCUCCUUCUCCUAGGAAGAUGGGGCGUCGUAUAUCAACAAAUCGCGCCGCGGGGUUUGAUGUUUUUCUUGGUUCUGGUGGGAAUGUGAAUGCUUUUGAUGCAUGUCAAAAGGAUGGAGAUGGUUCUUCUACAUUGACAGAGACUGAUGAGGAUUAUGAUGAUGCUUCAUCCAUGAACAGUUUUUCAGGCUUCUUUGGGAAUGGAAAUGAUCAUAAUAGUAUCCACAGAAGGGUGAUGGAAUUGGAUAUUGAGAUACCACAUGAGGGGAAAGAAAAGCAUGAGGAGGAACGUGUGAAGAAUGAUGAAUUGAAAAUUGAGAACAACGCCGAAGAUUUUCGUGUCAAGAUUAAUGCAUAUGAACAAGAGCUAAGGAUUGUGAAUGAGAAGUUGAGGGUAUCAGAAGAGGAGAUUGGUAAGCUGAAGAUUGAGCUUGAAAAAUAUAGGUCAAUGGAAUCAAAAAAUUUGAAGGGUGGUGUUGGAUUAUCUUCAAUUGUAGAAGGGAUCAAGGUGGGAGGGGAAACCUUGGAGUUGAAGAAACUUCGGGAGGAGCUAAGGGUGACUAAAGAAAAACUUGAGUCUUCAGAAAUGCAAAUUGUUUCGUUGAAAUUCGGGGCUACUAAAACAUUUGAGACUAUUCAGCAAUUGCAGGAACAGCUUGACUUGGCUCAGAAGGACAUUGCAAGUUGGAAAACAAAGUUCAACUCUCAGAAAAGAGAGAACUCUAAACUCCAAGAAAGGCAUGCAAGGAUGAAGACUAAUGUAGCCGACCGGGAUCACGAGGUUAGAGAUUUAAAAGCUGCUCUAUCUGAUGUAGAACGGAAAAUCUUCUUUGAGAGAGCAAAUAUGAAGUCCGAAAUGUCCAAGUUGUUGGGGGAACAAACUCAUUUGGAGGAGAAGUUCAAGGAAUGGGAAUGCCAAUGCCAAUCUUUGGAAGAGGAAAUAAGAAAAAUCCACAUUGAAAAAAUAGAGAUGGGAGAGACACUCAAAGGUGAAAUUGAGCUGCUAAAGGAAGAGAUUGAAUCAAAAAAGAAAAGCAUAGAAGAUGUCAAUGUAAACCUUGAUGCUAUGAAGUUAGAUAGAGAUAAUCUCAAAGAAGAAGUUGGUUCACUCAAGGAAGUUAUAAACUCAAGAGAUGAUGAGAUUGAAGAGGCACAUAAACAAGUGGAGGAACUAACAUCAAGAGCUAAGAAACAAGAGGAAGAGAUUGAGAGGCAAAGGGUUGAGAUCUUAGAAGGAGCUGAAGAGAAACGUGAGGCCAUAAGACAACUAUGCUUCUCACUUGAGCAUUACAGAAAUGGGUACAAUGUACUUCGCCAAGCUUUCAUAGGAAACAAGAGGGUUCCUCUUUUGUGCACCUAAUCUAUCAUUAGCACCGUUGUUGAUUCAUUUGCAUGUGAACUUGUAUAAUACUACCCUACCUUCCUGUUUUGUAAUUUUUUUUUCCUUAUCAUUGUUAUUUAUGUGUCUAAGAUGUCUUUCAUAUACUUUGGGGUGUGUAAUAUAUAUCACCCAAGGUUAUGAGAAGGUAUAACUUAGAAGUGGUUUGGGAUAAUUUGACUUGUUAAAUUUCAUCCGGUUCAGUUCAGUUAGAAGAGACUGAGAAACUGGUUAGGUUUGUGGACCGUUGAUUUGCAGAUAUUUGUACCCUCGCCAUCUUUCUGUUGAAUUGGAAGUUGGUUUUGUGUAGCAUUAAAAGUGUGAAAUUCUGUGAUAGUGUGAU